AUGACCUGUGGCUAUAUGAUGAUGCCAACAUAUUGUUUACCAGAGGUGGGUUGGGAACCCCGUUGUACCACUGAUCUGCCUGUAGAGAUUAUUUUUCCUUUGCCAUUAUAUGCUACCUCCAUACCUUUUCCUCUCAUCACUCUUAUGAUUGUGUCAGCCCCCAGGGACAUUGAUGUCCCUGCUCCUGUACCUGUUCCAGAUGUGGCCCCUGAUGCUCAUACACCUCGACCAUCCUCUCCUCCUCCUGUGGAGCCCAAGUGCAUGGAUAUCCAUGUCAUUAAGUCCACCGUUCAACCUCGUCCACCUACUCCACCCCACAAACUUUCUCCCAUCAAUGAGGCUGGUCCUUCACACCGUAGUCCCUCACCCCCGGUGUUGUCUCCACUCUCCCCUAUACCCCCACCUACUCCUGGUUGGUUAGAAGAUGUAGAUGAAGACCUACUCAGUCUGCCUUCUGACCUAGAUGUUGCAUUGUCCACUGAACUUUGA